CCCUAAAUACAUGUUUUAAAAACAUGAAGGUUUUGUGAAAAAAUAUGCAUUAGGAUACAAUGGAGGGAAGUUUAUGUGAUUCUAAAAGAUUAUAUUCACGCCUUUCUCUGUUUUUGAGUUAUCAACAAGUUUUAGUUCAUGAAAUAUAUAAUGAAAAUGGUCUUGUUAUACUUGCAAAAGGUCUUGGUUUGUUAAAUAUUGUUGCAAAUCUGCUUCAUUCAUACAACCUUCCUGGAUGUUUGACUUUAGUGAUUGGUGCAAAUGCAAAACAAGAAGAGCUGUUGAAAGAGAUGGUUGAUGAAUUGGGAGCUUCGGAUAAUGAGGUUCCGAGAGAGGAGUUUAAGAUUAUUAAUAAUGAAAGUGGAAACUCUCAUAAGCGUGAAUCAAUAUAUAAUAGCGGUGGUGUUUUUAGUGUUACAUCUAGAAUUCUAGUAGUUGAUUUAUUGACCGGUAUUAUUGAUCCUGUUAAGAUAUCUGGGAUUGUUGCACUCAAUGCUGAAAAAGCAAUUGAAACUUCUUUAGAAGCAUUUAUUUUAAGAAUAUUUCGCAAAAACAAUAAAGUGGGAUAUAUUAAAGCAUUUUCUGAUAGUCCAGAGGCAUUUAAUGUUGGAUUAUCACCAUUAUCAAAUAUAAUGAGAGCUUUUUUUUUAAGAAAAUGUUUUUUAUGGCCAAGAUUUCACGUUCUAGUUGCUGAAUCUCUAGAAUCUAAAAAAGUUAAUGUUGUAGAAUUGGAUGUAUCUAUGACUGAGUCAAUGAAAAAUAUUCAAUACGCAAUAGUUGAAUGCAUGGAAAUUUGUAUUUCUGGGCUUAAGAGUGCUAAUUCUGGAAAAGUUGAUGUUGAAGAUUGGAAUUUGGAUAAUGCACUGCAUAAAAGUUUUGAUAUAAUGAUUCGUCGUCAAUUAGAUUUUCACUGGCACCUUGUAAGUCAGAAAACUAAACAGCUUCUUUCAGAUUUAACAACAUUAAGACAUAUAUUACAUUAUCUUUUAUCUUAUGACUGUGUAUCUUUUUAUAAAAUUUUAGAAACAAUUUUAAUAGCUGAAUCAUCUACAUCUGAAAUUGAAAAACGAGAACAAUCACCAUGGCUUCUUUUAGAUGCUGCAAAUACGAUAUUCAAGCUUGCAAAAGAACGUGUUUAUAAAAAAGUUGUUCCGGAAAAAAUAUAUGUGCAAGAAUCGUAUGGUUCUAUAUUACCUGUUUUAGAAAAUCAACCAAAGUGGGAUGUUUUAAGAGAGAUAAUGCAUGAAAUAGAAACAGAAAUUAGAUUAAAUCCUGAAUUGCAUAGAAAUAGUGAUUGUGCUGUUCUUAUAAUGUGUAAAAGUGAAUAUACAUGCCAUCAAAUUCAAGAAUAUCUUCAUAAUUUUACUACUAAUGAUAAUUUUUCUAAUAACGCCAAUAAUGAUUCUGAUAAAUCUAAAUCCUCAUUUUUAAAAACACAAUUUAAAGAAUAUUUAGCAUGGAAGCAGAAUUUUUCAAAUAUGAGGUUUAAUUUAGAUAAAGAUGAUGAGAAUUCUAUAUCCUUAGUUGCUUCGAAUAAUAAGGCUAGCAUUGCUCAUCAUUCACGUCAAUUUGUUAACAAAAGGAGGCGUGUGCGAGGAGGGUCGUAUGCCGCAUCUAGUACGUCUGGUAAUUGUACUUAUAUUUCUUUGAAAGAUGAUUUUAGUCAUAGUGAAAUUAUAAACACCCUAUCUACUUAUCAAAAUGAAUCGACAAAUUAUAACAACUAUUCGUUGGACUGUUGUGAUGAUUAUUUUGGACCUCUGGCUUUAAAUGAUUUAAUAAUUGUAUCACCUUAUAGUGGUGAUGUAGAUGAUAUUACACUUAAAGAACUUAAACCAAAAUUUAUAAUUUUGUAUGAGCCUGAUCCUGUUAUUAUAAGAAGAAUUGAAGUAUAUAAUUCAGUUUAUAAAAAUGCUCUUUUGCGAGUGUAUUUUAUGUAUUAUGGAAAUUCUAUAGAAGAACAAAAAUAUUUAGCUGCUGUAAGAAAAGAAAAAGAUUCGUUUACGAAACUUAUUCAGGAGAAAGGGAAUAUGGCUGUAUUAUUAACACAAGAUGGAAAGAACGAUGAAUAUUUUAACUCAAUACUUUUUAAAAAUACUAAUACUCGAUUUUCUGGUGGUUCUAAUUAUAUGAUUAAUGAAAAUCUGCCAAAAAUAAUAGUAGAUAUUCGUGAAUUUAGAAAUCCAUUACCCUCAUUAUUAUAUGGUAAUCAUAUAAAUAUUAUUCCAUGCCAAUUAACAGUUGGUGAUUAUAUUUUAUCCCCUUCAUUAUGUGUGGAAAGAAAAUCUGUGAUGGAUUUAAUUAAAUCUUUAAAUAAUGGAAGGUUAUAUAAUCAAUGUGAAAUGAUGCAACAAUAUUAUUCUACUUUUAUACUUCUUAUUGAAUUUGAACAAAAUAAAUCAUUUACUUUAGAGCCUUUUACAGAAAUUACAAGUGAUAUUAAUAUUAAUAAUCUUCAAUCAAAACUUAUACUUUUAACUAUGGCAUUUCCAAAGUUGAAAAUUAUUUGGUCUUCUAGUUCUUAUGCUACUUGUGGGAUUUUUGUUGAAUUAAAGAAGAACCAAAGUGAACCUGAUCCUGUUAAAGCUGUAUCAUUAGGUUUAAAAGAUGGCGAAGAUAGUAUGGCAAUCGUUAAUCAAGGACCUCAUGAUUUUCUUUUGUCUAUUCCUAAAAUUUCUUUAGAAAAUUAUAAAAACAUCAUAUAUAAUGUUGAAAAUAUUUGUGAUUUAAGUAAUCUCAAGGAAAAACAGAUUAUUGAUUUGAUAGGUGUAGAACCAGGAAAGGCUGUAUAUUCUUUUUUUAAUAAAACUAUUUUUUAA